UACAUUGCCGAGCAUCUUGUGAUAGUAUUGAAAUCAUCUCCUCCAGUAGAACUCCUCACAUCUCUUUCACGACGUUAGGUUAAAUUUGUUUUUAAAGGCUGGGUUUUGUUUAAAUAGGAGGGGUAGGGAUCCAUCGAAGUCGAUAGAGGGAGAAGAGUAUUAAAUUCCUACGAAAUUGGUAGCAAUUUCAUGUGCUGUUCGGCAGGAGAUAACAUUUCUGUGUCUGUUCUUCCGACUCUUAGAUUUUGAUUCCAAUUAGUGUACUUUCAGCUUUUCUUUGAUUUCAUUAUCCCUCUGUGGGAAAUUUGAGAUCUUUUGAGAAUUUUUUGCUGAAGAGGAAUUGUGCAUGAGCUUUUUUCCAAGAAAGAAGGUUGUUUUCCAGAAAUUUGAGUGGAUACUCAGAGUGAAUUGUUAGGUUGAAAUUUCAAAAAUUUACUUUGGAGCCAUGUCUUCUACUCUGCAAGCUCGGACUGGACGCCAUCUGCAGCGUUACGAGAAUCAUUUCCGGCUGGUUGCUGGGUGCAUACCCUACAGAAUCAACCGACAUGUUGACAACCCUACAGGUGAUUUGCUGAGUAUGUUGGAGGUUCUUAUGAUCACUUCACCAAAUCAACAUGAUCUUGUCUUCCCAAAGGGUGGAUGGGAGAAUGAUGAGGCCAUGGAUGAAGCAGCAAGCCGUGAAGCUUUGGAAGAAGCAGGAGUUCGAGGAAUCAUUCAUGAUUCUCUAUUGGGUGUUUGGGAAUUCAGAAGCAAGAGUAAACAGAACCUCUGCGGCCAAGAGGGUGCUUGCAGAGGUUACAUGUUUGCUCUUGAAGUUAACGAGGAGCUCGAGUUUUGGCCAGAGCAAUCUACACAUGACAGGAAAUGGCUAAAUGUAUGGGAGGCAUGGAAGCUCUGCCGAUAUGAUUGGAUGAGGGAAGCUCUAAACUCUCUCUCAAUACUUAUAACGGGAAAGCCAGUGAGAUUGGUUGCUGUGCCAGAGAUAUCCGAGUCCACAUCUCUUUUCUGCCUUGUGAAACCUUCUGGAACUGAAUGCGUUGAUAGUGCUAUCAAUGCAUUUUGUUGAUAAAUUUUCAUGCUGCAUUUCACCUUUUCUUUCCUUUUCUUCUCAGCGAAGAAAGUAGAGUUGUAUAGUUAUUAUUGUUUAAGGACAAGCCAUGGUUGUACACCUACACUUCGUAGCCGAAAAACUAUUAUCAUGCUUAAUGAAAGGGCUUUGACUAACCAGAUGCCUUUCGGUGAAA